AGGUCUGUCCGUCGGCUGGUCCAGGCCGCUGCCGGCGGGCUCCGCCGUGCUCUCACGGCCGCCUUUUCCUCAGAUGCUGCUGCUGCUGCUGCUGGUGCCUCUCUUCCUCCGCCCCCUGGGCGCAGGCGGGGCGCAGACCCCCAACGCCACCUCGGAAGGUUGCCAGAUCAUACACCCGCCCUGGGAAGGGGGCAUCAGGUACCGCGGCCUGACGCGCGACCAGGUGAAGGCCAUCAACUUCCUGCCGGUGGACUAUGAGAUUGAAUAUGUGUGCCGGGGGGAGCGCGAGGUGGUGGGGCCAAAGGUGCGCAAGUGCCUGGCCAACGGCUCCUGGACGGAUAUGGACACACCCAGCCGCUGUGUCCGAAUCUGCUCCAAGUCUUAUUUGACCCUGGAAAAUGGGAAGGUUUUCCUGACGGGUGGGGACCUCCCAGCUCUGGAUGGAGCCCGGGUGGAUUUCCGAUGUGACCCCGACUUCCAUCUGGUGGGCAGCUCCCGGAGCAUCUGUAGUCAGGGCCAGUGGAGCACCCCCAAGCCCCACUGCCAGGUGAAUCGAACGCCACACUCAGAACGGCGUGCAGUGUACAUCGGGGCGCUGUUUCCCAUGAGCGGGGGCUGGCCGGGGGGCCAGGCCUGCCAGCCCGCGGUGGAGAUGGCGCUGGAGGACGUUAACAGCCGCAGGGACAUCUUGCCGGACUACGAGCUCAAGCUUAUCCACCACGACAGCAAGUGUGACCCGGGGCAAGCCACCAAGUACUUGUACGAACUACUCUACAAUGACCCUAUCAAGAUCAUCCUCAUGCCUGGCUGCAGUUCUGUCUCCACACUUGUAGCCGAGGCUGCCCGGAUGUGGAACCUUAUUGUGCUCUCAUAUGGCUCCAGCUCACCAGCCCUGUCAAACCGACAGCGUUUUCCAACGUUCUUCCGAACACAUCCAUCCGCCACACUCCACAAUCCCACCCGGGUGAAACUCUUUGAAAAGUGGGGCUGGAAGAAGAUUGCCACCAUUCAGCAGACGACAGAGGUCUUCACCUCAACGCUGGAUGAUCUAGAGGAGCGAGUGAAAGAGGCUGGAAUUGAGAUCACCUUCCGCCAGAGUUUCUUCUCAGAUCCAGCUGUGCCUGUUAAAAACCUCAAGCGUCAAGAUGCUCGAAUCAUCGUGGGACUUUUCUAUGAGACCGAAGCCCGCAAAGUUUUUUGUGAGGUCUAUAAGGAGCGGCUCUUCGGGAAGAAGUAUGUCUGGUUCCUCAUUGGGUGGUAUGCUGACAAUUGGUUCAAGAUCUAUGACCCAUCAAUCAAUUGUACAGUGGAUGAGAUGACUGAGGCGGUGGAGGGCCAUAUCACCACUGAGAUUGUCAUGCUGAACCCUGCCAACACCCGAAGCAUUUCCAACAUGACAUCCCAGGAAUUUGUGGAAAAACUAACCAAGAGGCUGAAAAGACACCCUGAGGAGACUGGAGGCUUCCAGGAGGCGCCGCUGGCCUAUGAUGCUAUCUGGGCCUUGGCUUUGGCCUUGAACAAGACCUCUGGAGGAGGCGGCCGUUCGGGUGUGCGCUUGGAGGAUUUCAACUACAACAACCAGACCAUUACAGACCAAAUCUACCGGGCCAUGAACUCCUCGUCCUUUGAGGGUGUUUCUGGCCAUGUGGUCUUUGAUGCCAGUGGCUCCCGGAUGGCGUGGACACUUAUCGAGCAGCUACAGGGUGGCAGCUACAAGAAGAUUGGCUACUAUGACAGCACCAAGGAUGACCUUUCCUGGUCCAAAACAGAUAAGUGGAUCGGAGGGGCUCCUCCAGCUGACCAGACCUUGGUCAUCAAGACAUUCCGUUUCCUGUCACAGAAACUCUUUAUCUCCGUCUCAGUUCUCUCCAGCCUGGGCAUUGUUCUUGCUGUUGUCUGUCUGUCCUUUAACAUCUACAACUCCCACGUUCGUUAUAUCCAGAACUCCCAGCCCAACCUGAACAAUCUGACUGCCGUGGGCUGCUCACUGGCACUAGCUGCUGUCUUCCCUCUUGGGCUGGAUGGUUACCACAUAGGGGAAGGCCAGUUCCCGUUCGUCUGCCAGGCCCGCCUUUGGCUCUUGGGCUUGGGCUUUAGUCUGGGCUAUGGCUCUAUGUUCACCAAGAUCUGGUGGGUCCACACAGUCUUCACAAAGAAGGAGGAGAAGAAGGAAUGGAGGAAGACCCUAGAGCCCUGGAAACUGUAUGCCACGGUAGGCCUGCUGGUGGGCAUGGAUGUCCUGACUCUUGCCAUCUGGCAGAUUGUGGACCCCUUGCACCGUACCAUCGAGACUUUUGCCAAGGAGGAACCAAAGGAAGACAUUGAUGUCUCCAUCCUGCCCCAGCUGGAGCACUGCAGCUCCAAGAAGAUGAAUACAUGGCUUGGCAUUUUCUAUGGUUACAAGGGGCUGCUGCUGCUACUGGGAAUCUUUCUUGCCUAUGAGACCAAAAGCGUUUCCACCGAAAAGAUCAACGACCACAGGGCUGUGGGCAUGGCUAUCUACAACGUUGCGGUCCUGUGUCUCAUCACUGCUCCUGUCACCAUGAUUCUUUCCAGCCAGCAGGACGCAGCCUUUGCCUUUGCCUCUCUGGCCAUCGUGUUCUCUUCCUACAUUACUCUGGUUGUGCUCUUUGUGCCCAAGAUGCGCAGGUUGAUCACCCGAGGGGAAUGGCAGUCUGAAGCACAGGACACCAUGAAGACGGGGUCAUCCACCAACAACAACGAGGAAGAGAAGUCCAGGUUGUUGGAGAAGGAGAACCGUGAAUUGGAAAAGAUCAUUGCUGAGAAAGAGGAGCGUGUCUCUGAACUGCGCCAUCAGCUCCAGUCUCGGCAGCAGCUCCGCUCACGGCGCCAUCCCCCAACACCCCCGGACCCCUCUGGGGGCCUUCCCAGGGGACCCUCGGAGCCCCCUGACCGACUUAGCUGUGAUGGGAGUCGAGUGCAUUUGCUUUACAAGUGAGGGGGUGUCAAGAAGGAUAAGGCCAGUCGGGGAGGGCAGGGUCUGGGAAGAGGGUGGGGGACUGGGAGGAGGGCAAGGACUCCUAUCUCCAACUGGGAGAACACGCUCCAAUCCCCCUCUUAUAAAUAUAUGUCACUCUGUGCAUCUGGGGUUAUUUGGGUCUCCAAUACUCUGGGAAACAGACUGUUUUCUCUCUUGUUCAUUCAUAUUAUUUUGUAUCACUACUUCACAGUUUAGUUCAAACCCUAUUUGAAGCUAUUCACUCAUAACCCCAGAGGGGCAGCUGACCAUAUUUUUCUCCCACAGCCUAUCUUGUAUAGUUACCACAGAAACUCCUGCAAUUUUAGCAGCAGGGGUCUCCCCACAAGUGUUCUUCCCACACUAGCAGGAUCCUCUCUGUUUCUCAGCAUCAGAAUCUCCUUCCAUUGCCCUUGUCCUACACAUCCCUGUGUGUUCCUCUCCUUAAGUGUUGUUUCUUCCGGGGGAUUCAUUCUCACCCAGGCCCACAUGCUCUUUGUAUCUUUGCUCUGCGUGCUCCUGAAUCCCAACACACGUACCCCAUCCUCCAAGUGCAUUUUUCCUGAGUGCUUUCCCAUGCCGCCAUGUGCUCUCCGCAUACCCUGCACCUGUGAGUGCACAGUGGUUAUGGGUGUGUGCUGUGGUGUACUUGGGUAGGUGUGUGUGAUGUGCUGAGCACACUAAGCUGUCUUCCUCAUGCACAUGCCAUGUCCUUCUGUGUUUUCCCUGUGUGACUCAGUGCGUUGUAUAUUUACUGCUUUGCAUCUUCACCUCGUUGUGUAUUUUGUGUGCAUGUGUUUCCCUGGCUGGCUUCAUGGCAGUCUUCCUGUCUCACUCAGCCUUCUGAGUGUUUGGAUUACAGUUGUCUGCCUACCUGAUGUCAUGUCUUUUUCCAACAGAGCCAUGUGCACCCAACAUGCACAUAGUUAA